AUGGACAAACGCCAGCGUAGUCCAUCGGGCGCUUCAUCAUCUACAGCGGCAGCUGGAACUGCAACUGCAACAUCCAAUGCCGAUAACACAGUUCUAGAAGGCGUGAUGUACAGCAUAUUUGAUGGGCUGACAGACAAGGAUGAGCACGUUCGCCAGGCCAUGCAGCAGGCGAUUGUGAAGAUCGUGGAGGCUCAUCCACUGCGUGCCACGCUCAUACUGACUGACUAUCGCGCCAAAAACCCUAAGCUUAGCGAACAAACUGUCUCCAUGCUGUUGGAUUGCAUCCAUCAAGUGGUUGGGUCAGACACACCACUACCAACAGCCGCCAAUGAAAAGCUUAUUGCGCUGGCCAUCGAGGAGCUCACACGCAGCGUGGAUCAGCAUGUGCCAUUGAUACAGAAUCCCUCGCUGCAUAUACUAGUGUGCAUUGGCCGGGGCAACGACUGCAACCUGGUCGUGGAAGCACUGCAGGCGCACAGCACCUCAUCGAGCAAUGUGCCGCAUUUUAUGUUGAUGCAGUGCCUCGGCCAAAUGGCUAUGGCCAAUACAGCAGGUGUGGUGCCACACAUCAAGACAAUACUAGCGGGUUCUUUGCCGCAUUUGGGUGGCAUUAAGCAGGACCAUGUCAAGCUCGCGUACGCUUAUGCAAUCGGACGAUUCAGUGAGGCGCUGUUAGAGCACGGCACUAACACGCCUACAGUUGAAACGAAAGCAGCAGCCACUUGCGUGACGGAGAUCAGCGUUGCCUACGACGUACUCUUCAACCAGUGGCUGCACUCUCGCGAGCCCAAGGUGUGCAUGGAGAUACUGCAGGCGCUAUCCAGCAUGUAUCCUCUGCUGUCUAGCGACCGGAUAUUGGAUCAGGCACCGCGAUUGGUGCCUCAAAUACUAGCGCUCUAUCGGCGCAGUGUCGAUCGCAAUGCCGUGACACAAUUCCUCUGUUCGGUGCUGAAAACAAAUCUCUCAAUGCACGCCCAAGUGUUGGAUGGUGUGGUCGAUACGCUCAUAACACACCUGUUCGAUUUAGUCUGCGUCUAUCCGGACUACGAAAAGCCACAGACGGUUAAGGGCCACUACGAGGUCUUGCGCUGUUUUCACCUCCUGGCCGGCAGCUAUGCGGCGAAAAUAAUGGACACGUUGCUCAUCCACCUGCGCAAUAACAGCGAACGAGAGCGGAUCAAAUCACUGCUCAUAUUGACGCACCUGCUCAACAGCUGUGCGGUUCACAUUGAGAGUCGCAUCCAGGCGCUCAUCGAGUGCCUAAAGCAGCUGAUACUGGCUGAGCGCAGCGUUAAAAUGAAACUCACGUUGCUGAAGACGAUUGUGGCCCUAGCGCAGAAGUCACUCAUACGGGACAAGGAGUUCGUAUGGUUUGUGGUGCGGCACAGCUGCAAAUACAGCAAAGUAAGCCAGGAGCACGGCACAUCGGAGGAACACGCCACCCUGGUAGUCAGCUGCGAGAACGCCCUCUUCAUGCUCGCCUCGACCGUGGGCACCCUGGACGAGCUGCUUAAGCGUGAGCUGCUCAACUACUUUCUGCUCCUGGACUACACUGACAUUUGUGGCAAUCUGGCCAAGUGCUUGGCCAGCCUAUUUGCCAAAUCGCCGCACAUAGAGUAUGAAAUAGCUAGCGAUGAGGACCAGCCAUCGUUGCCAGCGGCAGCUGGCGUAGAGGGGGCGGCCGGGAAUGAGGAACGCGGUGCGUCGGUUAAGCGCGGCAAAGUGAUCGUUCCAAGUGCCGACAGCAUCUAUGCCCGCUGUCUAGCGCUGCUGGGCAAUCAGCAGUGCAUCAAGCGAGCAUCGAACAUAUUAAGCUUUCUCAAGUAUUAUUACCCGCAAUUGAAUCCGGCUCUGGAAGAGCUCUGGGAGCGUCGCUUGUCCGAUAUGCUGCUGCACAUUAACAAGCCGCAGGCGUAUCUGCAGCAGCUACAGGACUUUGUAAUUGAGACGAACGAGCUUCUGGGUACGCGCGAUGAGCACUUCCCCCAACGGCUGGCAGUCAAGCUAGCAGAUCAAAUGUAUUUGUAUCCCAUGCAAUUGCCGCACUCGGAGUGGCAGCUGCCCGAUCUGAGCGCCGAGCGCGGCAUGCUGCUGCAAUCGAUGGCGCUGACACUCUGCCAGGUGACAGACGUCGCCUGCAUCCAUACGAAGAUCGAUUUGAUAGUGACAACGGCAAGACAGGAACGUCUCGACAAGCACGUGAAGCACGCAGAGUACGAGCAACGCAUCGAACCCUGCGCUCGUGCCCUCGGCUAUAUAGCACGCCAGCACUUGGCACAUGUGAUUAAAAAGCUAUCUGAACUGGCGCUAAUGGGCGGCCGCAAGCAUUCGACAGGCUUCUUCAGCAAUUUGCACUUUAUUAAGGAUACGCACAAGGAGCUGGAGAACUACAAGAGCAAUCUGCUGGUGGUGAAAGCAUUCGGCCACAUCAUGGACGAGGCGGAUCCGUUGCAAUCGCUGCAGCAUCUGGACGAUGUCAUGCUCAACUUUCUAAUGACACAGCUGGCCGACCACAAGGACCAAACCAUUAUGUCAGCCAUACUGCAGACGCUGCUCAGCAUUUGCAACCAGCUUAUUGUCACCAAAGAGCAGCUGCCAACCCCGCUAAAGCAUCGCAAACAAAUCAUGGAAACUGUCUUUAGCAUACCUAUUGAAUCGCCCUUUAGCGACUUGCCCCUGCUCCCCACUAUUCUGAAGCUGGGCACUGACUUCAUACGCAUCGGCGGCAGCGAUAGCUCCGAGUGCGUCGACGGCAGCGUCAUUUUUGAAAUAGCUUGUAAAAACUUCUUCGGCUGCGCUCGGCAGCUAAAAAUGAAGUUUGACUCACAGGAAGAAGAUGAGCACAACAGCUUUCUAGCCAAGCAUCUGAACGAGUCGCUUCCGCAGCUCAACUCUUUGGUGCGCGCCAUAGUCGAGCUGGAUGCAUCGCCCUCGACGCUUGACUUAAUCAUUGGCAUACUGGAGUGCUGGAUGCGUGACAAGAACUCCGAGGUGCGCAUUUGCGCGAGCCACGUGCUCAAUAACACUCUGGAAGUCUACAUUAAGUCCAUGAAAAUUGGCGGCUGCGAGGCACCCUCGAAGUUCAACCAAACGGGCCAAAUGCUGGGCAAGAUUGUGCCGCGCUGCAUCGACUCGAACGGCACUGUGCGCCAAGUCUCGGUAGACAUACUCCAAAAGACUCUAGAGAUCGCUUGCAUCUACGAGACGCUGACUAUUGCCAGCAUCGACAGCAGCGCCGAGUGGCUGAAGGAGAUUGAAUCCAUCAAGGAGCACAUCAUCACGGACGAGCCUAAACAAAUCUAUAAUCUAGCUGGCGACAUUGCCAAGAUUAUAGCGCAACGCAUUUCCAGCUUUCAGUAUUUGCAAUUCUGUAAAACUUUGUUGCAGUCGCUGCGCGACCCAGAACAGAGCUCCACAAUUGGGGCGAGCGUGGUCUUGAAGUUCUUCAUACAGCAGAAGGGCUCGGAGCUAUUCCAUGCGAUACCCGAUCUGGUAAAGGGCAGUCUCUUGGCGCUGCAGCUGUGUGAUGUGCCUCGCGCCAAAUCGGGGGUACUGAAAGCUCUGGUAGCCUUAACCAAUCACCAUCCGAAGCUUGUGUGCGCAGAGAUGCUGCAGCAGCCGCUGCCGUACGACGAGCACCUGGUCGAGUACUGGCAUCUGGUGUGCAACGAUGCGGAGCUCACCGGGCUGAUGCUGGACAACUUUCUGCAGCUGCUAAGCGGUGCCUGCUUGUGCGAGCCGCAGGAUGGGAGCAGCAUAUCAAGCGAUCGCCAGAGAUUGGCCAGUGCGCAGCCCUUUGCUAUAUUCUGUGCCAUGCACGAGAUGAUGCCCUGCAAGGACAUACGCGAUCAACUGGAAACGCGAUUUGCGGAUAUAUUCAGCAUGCUGUUGACCUCGUUGUCCAGCUAUACAAAUUUGGCCCCGCCUAUGCCUAUGGCCCCGCCGGGGAGCCCAAGCCAACCGAACAAGUCGUCCAGCAAGUUUGGCUUUGUACCCAACAAGGAGCUGAUCAAACUGAACCCCUGCCAAAUAGCGCUAGAAACGUUCCAAGCAUUCCUCAACAACCUGGAGAUGGAGCAAAUUGCCACGGUACUCACAGUGAACGCGCAGCUCGCGGCCAGCACUGACUGGCACAGUUAUAUUGAGCUUUUGACUCCCAUGGCCAUUGGCUUGGUCAAUGAACUGCAGCUAACUAGCCCCGGAAUGCGUCAGCUGGUUAAUGCUCUGAGUAAAUAUGUGGCAUCGCCUCAUGAUGGCCAGCGCGUUGCGGCUGUCGGCCUGUUCUCGCGGCUAAUGCCGCUCAAGCCAUGCGGCGAACUGGUCAGCUGCCUAAUGCUGAAUCUCGGCGGCGCUCUCAGCGAUCCCAAUGCUGUGGUGCGCGGACUGAGCCUGCAGGGCAUGGGCUAUGUGGGUCAGCUGGGUGAACACGAGGCACCGCGCUACUCGGAGAUUGCAAUUCAGGCAUUGCUCAAGGGUGUGGACGACACCGUUGGCGACUGCCUCAUCAAUAUACCAUUAGAGAGCAUGCGCGGUCUCUCCCGCAUACUGCAGGCUCUGCCCAGCGAUCGUGUUGAGCCCUUCCAUGUCUCGCUGGCCAUACGCAUACGGCCCUUCUUUGGCAGCUAUUCGAUGGAAAGGCGUGAGGCGGCCAUUAUUCUAUUCGGGGACUUGUGCGAGUCGAAGCAUGACGAUGGCAGCAGUUCGCCCACCUCAUCGAUGGAGGCUUUGCGCGAACAGCUCCUUGCCAACCUGUUCCCACUGCUCCUACAUCUGAGCGAGAGUGAGCCGACCAUUGUGAGCGCUUGCAAGGGCACCUUGCGCCGCGUCUGUCGCCUGUUGCGCGCGGUGCGCGUCAACGAGAUCGCCCAGCAACAGCUGCUCAGUGAUGCCGAUCAGCUCAACUACAACAGUUUUGUUGUCGACUUUGUCAAAGUGAUCGCACUGGAACUCACGGAGCACAUUCAGGACUUCAUAGACUCGUGCAUGCCCAAGAUGCGCAGCCAGUGGCCAGAAGUCCGUGGUAGUGCAGCCAUUGUCAUCGGCAUAUUACAUAAUUUCCUAAGCGAUCGGAAUGCACAGACCGAAUCCGUGGCCGGAAAGAUUGCUGUACUGCUCAAGGAUGAGCAGGUGACGGUACGCGUACGGGCUGCUCAGGCGCUGGGCUAUUUCUUUGGAGAUAUCUAAAAGCAGAAGUACCCUGCGGCACACGGGACCAAUAUGAACGCAACAUGGAUUUUACUAAGUAUAAACAAGAGCUACACAGCACACCAAACACUACACACACACACAUGCAUACAUACACACAUACCAGUAGUUUUUAGUAUUUGUUCGAGAUGUGAUCCCGCAUACGCCUUUUGUAACCUUAUUAUGUUUGAUAUCCGUUUAACUUAAUUGUUCUGUUGAUUGUAUAUGCUUUUUAAGCGUAUAUGUAUAUAUACUUAGGCGUACAUGUACGCAAGUCGUUAGAUACUUGAAUAUUGAAUUCUAUUUAUAUAUAUAUAUAUAUAUAUAUAUAUAUGUUAUCCCAUAAAAACCUAAAAACGCGACAAAUUUGGUCUUGUGCGCGAUCAGAGCUGUUACAAGCUGUUAUCCGGCUUGCAAGCACCCACUCAAUAUAUUCUUACCACUAUUCAAUAAUUUCAGCUCAGCUUAUGAUUUGUCAAUUACUUGUACUUUCCACUAACGAAGACUAUUAGAAUGUAAGUCACACUUUAGCACAAGAUCAAAUGCUACAUUGUCAGCGGACUGUUAUUUUAAUUCCAACAAUGUUAUUUUGUGUACCUUUAUUAACGCUUAUUAAACCAAAUAUAUA